UGGUGGGAGUUGUAGUCCAAUGACAUCUGCAAGAGAAGUCUGGUAGGGUCAGUCACUUUUCACUCAUCCGUGUUUUGGGCUCUCAUAGACUCACACGGCUCUCCUCCCAGAAUUGUGGAGAAUCCCUUGUUCUGAGUAGGAGGAUCCACUUCCUGCCUUCAGUCUCCUCGGGGUUUUCAUCUCUAAAAUGAAGCUGCACCCAAAAAGAAUUUGACGCCCCCUUUCCACCAAUAGAGUUACAUGAUCCCCAAGGAUAAAAUAAAAUUAAGCAGAAGAGCCAUCAGACACCCCAACAAAGCUCUACAUCACAAUGCCAGCCUAAAGGAGGGCAUUUCAUGCAACCUCCUUUCCUAACUGCUAUCAGCAUUUGCAGUAAUUUUCAGAGAUUUUUAAUGGAAAGGGAUCUUGAAAAUCAAGGGGAAGGAACAAGGUAUAGUGUUUCCUUCUUGUUUGAUUGGCAGCAACAUAUUUACCUGUUUAGUGCUAAAGGAGGUUUCAAGCAGCUGUUACUUAUUUUAAUCUCUGUACCUGUUGGAACCUCUGUUUGGUUGUAUAGGAAGUUAGCACCCACCCCUUUCCUGGAAGAAUGAAAUAUUUUAGGAAAUAUUAAAAAGGCAGAAUAUUAUAUUUCCCUGGAUGAGAAAUGGAGAAACAUGUUUUAAAGACAAAGCAGCUUCCUGCCUCCCCCCCCCCCACACACACACCUUUGUUAAUGGGCCAGAGGCAGAAACUCAGUCCUUUGUUAAAGGACCAUAAUCUGCAAAACAAUAGGACCCAUCUAGGACAGAAACUCAUCACAUGGCACCUGGGAAGAUUACAUCAGCCAGCAAGGCUAGCUAAGACCCCCACCCCUUGGGAGUCUGACAACCAAUCAGGAUACUCUUUCGGGGCCCCAGAAAGUUCAAAGCCAGAGAGAGCAUAAAACCGGGGGACUCGCUGUAUCUCGCCCCUUUUUUGUUCAGGAACUCAAGCCAUGUGAUCCUGUCCACCAUUAAACCAUCUUUCCAAGCAGUCUCCAUGUUUCCAGUGUCUUUUUCCCUACUUGGAGCUGAACCCAGAAGGAUAUUCCUUCCAACAGUUGCUAAUAGACUGCACUGAAGCUCCCUACUGUUUAUAGUUUGGAGUCUCAGAAAGACAAGCCUUGGGAGAAGUACCCGGCCCUCAGGAUUUCUGUUUACAGCUUGCUGGUAAUUUUGGAACUCUACUCCUGCAAAAGACAAAGAAGACGGCAAUAAGAGCACUCCAGACAAUUGAGAAUAACAAGCAACAUUACAAAGGAAAGCCAAUCAAGCCAGAAAUCAAAAUAUUUUCCAUCUCCUUCAGAAAACCACAAAAUUCUCCUCCUUCCCCAGCAGGUGAUGAAAAAGAGAUUUCAAACUGAAAAGAGUAGAGUACACAAGGAUACAUUACAGGUAGUCCUCAACUUACAACAGUUCAUUUAGUAACCUUUUGAACUUAUAGCGCCAAUGAAAAAACGGACAUGACCAUUUUUCAUACUUAUGACUAUUGAAGCAUCACCAUUGUCACAUGAUUUAUAUUUAGAUGCUUGGCAGCUACCUCCCAUUUAUUACGGUUGCCGUGUUUUAGGGUCAGGUGAUCCCCUUUUGCAGCUGCACAGAUAUGCCUAUUGUGGGAAACAUGCAGAUUUCAAAUCACAACUGAGUAUGCACGAAAUGAUCCACAUUGGAGAAAAUCAAUACUAAUGUGGCCAAACUUUAGUCAGAACAGCUCCCUUGUUGUUCAUGGAAGGACCCACAUAGGAGAGAAGCCCUACAAGAGCUCUCAAUAUAGUGAGCUUGGCAACUUGGUGAUACAUUAGAGAACUCACACCAGGGAGAAACCGUUUGAAUGCUCUGAUUGUGGGAAGUUUUGGUCUGAAUUCUGGCCUGGUGAUACACUAGAAAAUGCACACAAAAAAGAAAUCAUAUGAGUGUCCUGAUUGUGGGAAAGGUUUCAGUCGUAAUUCCGGCCUGGUGAAACACCAGAGGAUUCACACAGGAGAAAAACCUUUUGAAUGUCCUGAUUGUGGGAAAGGUUUCAGUCGUAAUUCCAGCCUGGUGAAACACCAGAGGACUCACACAGGAGAGAAACCCUUUGAAUGUCCUGAUUGUGGGAAAAGUUUCAGUCAGAAUUUCAACCUGGUGAUUCACCAGAGGACUCACACAGGAGAGAAACCGUAUGAGUGUCCUAUUUGUGGCAAAAGUUUCAGUCGGAAUUCCAACAUGCUGAUACAUCAGACGACUCACACAAGAAAGAAACGCUUUGAAUGUCCUGAUUGCGGGAAAUGUCUCAUUAAAAAAUCCCAGCUUAUCUAUCACCAAAGGAUUCACACAGGAGAGAAACCCUUUGAAUGUGCUCUUUGUGGGAAAACUUUCCGUCAGAAUUCCCACCUGCUGAUACACCAGAGAGUUCACACAGGAGAAAAACCGUUUGAAUGUGCUCUUUGUGGGAAAAGUUUCAGUGAGAAUUCCAAGCUGGUGAUACACCAGAGGACUCACACGGGAGAGAAACCAUUUGAAUGUCCUGAUUGUGGGAAAUGUUUCAGUCAGAGUUCCGGCCGGGCGAAACACCAGAGGACUCAUACAGGAGGGAAAUCAUAUCAGUGUCCAUAUUGUGGGGAAAGUUUCAUGAGAAAAUUCCAGCUCAUAAGACACCAGAGGACACACACAGGAGACAAACCCUUUCCAUGCCCUUUCUGUGGGAAAAGUUUCAGGUACAAUUACAACCUGGUGAUACAUCAGAGAACUCACACGGGAGAGAAACCAUUUGAAUGUCCUGUUUGUGAAAAACGUUUCACCAGAGAUUGCUACCUCGUGAAACACCAGAGGACUCACUCAGGAGAGAAACCCUUUGAAUGUCCUGAUUGUGAAAAACGUUUCCGUCACAAAUCCAGCCUGAUAAUUCACCAGAGGACACAUACAGCAGAGAAACACUUUGAAUGUCCUUAUUGUGAAAAACGUUUCAGUCAAAGUUCCAUCCUGUUGAUACACCAGAGGACUCACACAGGAAGUAAACACUUCGAUUGUCCUGUUUGUGGGAAAAGUUUCAUUAAAAAAUACCAGCUCACAAGGCACCAGAAGAUACACACAGGAGAUAAACCUUUUGAAUGUCCUGAUUGUGGGAAAUGUUUCAGUAAGAAUUCCUACCUGGUGAUACACCAAAGGACUCACACAGGAGGGAAACACUUUAAUUGUCCUGAUUGUGGGAAAAGUUUCAUUAGAAAAUACCAGCUUACUAUGCACCAGUGGAUCCACACAGGAUAUAAACCUUUUGAAUGUCCUGUUUGUGGGAAAGGUUUCAGUUAUACUUCGAGCCUGGUGACACACCAGAGGACUCACACAGGAGAGAAACCGUAUGAGUGUCCUGUUUGUGGCAAAAGUUUCAGUCAGCAUUCAAACAUGGUGAUUCACCAGAGGACUCACACAAGAGAGAGACCAUGUUAGUGUCCUGUUUGUGGAAAUGUUUCAGUCAGAAUUCCAACAUGGUGAUUCACCAGAGGACUCACACAGGAAACACUUUGAAUGCCAUGAUUGUGGGAAAAGUUUCAUUAGAAAUGUCCAUCUCAUGUAAGGUGACCAGGUUUUAACAUUGGUAAAGAGGGACGCCAUUGUGGGCGUGGCUUAUUUUGUGGGCGUGGCUAGGUCAUGUGACUGGGUGGGCAUGGCUAGCUGGUCAUGUGACCGGGUGGCCAUGGCUAUGUGUAUAGGGGCUACUCAGAGGGCUGAAAAAAGUCAUUUCUGACAGGUCCUUGCACUUUUGACUGGUCCUCACACUUAUGACCAUCCUCACAUUUAUGCCCGUGCAGCAUUCUUAACAACCAUGUCACUCAUUUCACAACUGCUUCUCUUCACUAUGAUGACAAGAUAGGGCAAAAAACGUAAAAUGUGAGGACAAUCGUAAGUUUGAGGACUGGUCAAAAGUGCGAGGACCAGUCAAAAAUAACUUUUUCAGCCCUCUGAGUAGUCCAUAUGCAUAAAAGGAUACAGCAAUAGAGAGGAUGAAGGAAGGGAAGAGAAAUUAGAGUAGGAGUGAGGGUAAGAGAGGGAGGAAGAGAGGAGGAGAAGGAGAAAGGAAGAGGAAGUAGGGAGGAGAAGAAGAGGGUGGGGGGAAGAGAAAGUAAGAAGGAAAGAAAAGAGAGAGGUGGUAGGUUUGAGGAGAAAGAUUGCUGUACAAUAAAAAAGAUGAAAGGGAAGAAGCCAACCCCAAACAAAUAUAAAGAUAUUAAGAUAAAGAAUGAAUUGUUAAACUUUAAAGAAUAAAAGAGAACAAAUAUGAAUAAAUAGCAAUAAUUAGAAACACACAUACGAACAUACAAUGUAUUUUCUUUGAACAGAAUAUUUGGCUGGUUCACAAAUUUAAACAGUGUUUAGUCAUUUCAAUUAAAUUUACAAUUUCUAUAUUUCCUUUUUGCCAUAUUUAUUCCUCAUCUAUUUUUUUUAAAAAAACAAUAUUACCCUUCAUCCUCAUCUCUAAUCUUAAUCAAAUUCAAUUUUUCCCUUCUAUUCUAUAUUAUACCCCUUCCCAUUGUCAUCUAUUUUUAUAUCCAUCCUCACAUUGGUUAAUUAUGUAAUUAUGUAAUACAGUUGUUUAAUACAAAUUCAACAUUUUAAUAUAAAUCAAUUAGUUAUAUAACUAUCUUUGUUGUAUAUCAAUAUGAACAUGAAUAUUCCAAUUAUUUCCAUGCAAUCCAAUUUCUUACAAAUCAAUUAAUUAUAUUUACCAAUAAUAAUAAACCAAAUAAUUUCCCCCAUAUAUUCCUCCAAACCACAACUUAAACAUUUCUGCUUUCAACACAAUAUACAAUUAAUAGUAUCUCGAUUAUUACAAUUCCCUAGUUAAAUAGAGCUUUUUUUCUUUUGUGUUUUAAAAUCUUGAACUCUCCUCCUAAAUUUCCCAUUGUUUGCAGUUUUGCACCUACCUUUUUUGCUGAGGAAAAAGAAAAAGAAAAAGAAAUCUCUCUCUGCCUCAUUUUGUCACGUUGCAGCAAAGACCCUGCUUUCACUUUCGCUUCUUCAGCAUAGCUAGGGGAAAAAAAUUCUGCUCCAGGAACUCUUUACACUGAUCACCUGUAGGGCGGCCCUUUGAAGCCCUGCGGCAAGAGUUUAAACAGUUUUUUUCCCUCUAGCCAUCAGCUGGGACUCAGGAGGCAGCCGGGACUCAGGAGACAGAAUGAAAAAUCGGGACUUUUUUAAAACGCCGCAGGACGCGGGACAAAUUGCUAAAAAUCGGGACUGUCCCGCCAAAAGCGGGACAUCUGGUCACCUUAAUCUCAUGAGACACCAGAGGAUACACACAGGAGAGAAAACCUUUGGAUGUCCUGCUGUGGGAAAUAUUUCCAUUUCAAUUCAAACCUGGUGAAACACCAUUGGACUCACACGGGAGAGGCCUUUCAAAUGUCCAGUCUGUGGACAGUACUUCAUAUGUAAAUCACUCCUUAUUUCAUAUAAGAAAAUCCACGAAAGUUGAUGAGUUUAGAGAGGGGUUGAAUUUCAUUAUUGAUUUCCCAUCAGCAGAAAUUAACUGGGUAUUUCCUUUUGCAGAAAUUGUGGAAUUCCUCAAAAAGGCUUUUGGGUGGUGGUUUUUCUAUAUUGAUUAUGGAAUUCCAACAUGUGGAGAUUCUGUCUUCUACCUUGUUGUCCUCCAGAUUAUGCAGUCCAGAUUCCAGGACUGGAAAAUCACUGCUGCAGAGAGUACACUUGCAGAUGUAUGGUUCUCCUGAAUAAUCUAAUUAAAAAUCUUUAAAGCAACCCAAACAUGCACAAAAAUCCAACCACAGGGGGCGGGGAUUGAAAGGAGGGGGAAAAAAUGACUUGGAGAGAAGAGAAAUCUUAGAAAUGUUGGAAGUCAAACAUUUAUUUGGAUGCAAAUUCUGGUGAGUUCUGCUUGUAGGGUAAUCAAACUGCUGUUCCUUUGUUCUUUAGCAUUGACAAGUUUUUCAGCAUUGAAAAAAUUUUCUUUAUAUAGACUGAACUGUUUUUCUUCAAUAUUGACUGCAUCAUUCUUUUUACCAUUAACAGAGCAUACUUACCCAGACAUAAUUGCAGAAUGAAUUAGAUAAAGAUGUGACUGCAUGAAUUUUCUUUUUCCCUCUUUCUCUAAUGAAAGAAGUGCAGAUCUCUUGCAAGGGUGUCUUUUUUUCCUCUCUGCAUAUUUCUUUUAUGUACAUUGAGAGCAUAUGCACCAAAGACAAAUUCCUUGUGUGUCACACUUGGCCAAUAAAGAAUUCAAUUCAAUUCAA